GGAGCGGCUUCGCUAAGUGGAGGAAAAUCCUGCCAUCGGAAUGAUAUUGAUCACAUAGCACAACCGAGUGACACUUUGGGUUGGUAUUUUGGUUUUGUGUUUACAAAGUAGUCAGACUUUCUGGAAGCAAUGAGGCUCGCAUUUUGUGGCAACGACAAUGCUUCAGCCUACAACAUCAGUGCUGGUGUCCUAAGAAAUGUCUGCUUUGUGGAUGCCCUCAACUUGGUUCCCCAUGUCUUCUUGCUAUUUAUCACCUUCCCGAUUUUGUUCAUUGGCUGGGGAAGCCAAAGCUCCAAAGUCCAGAUUCACCACAAUACGUGGCUGCACUUCCCUGGACACAACCUGCGGUGGAUCCUGACAUUCACCCUCCUGUUCGUACAUGUGUGUGAAAUAGCAGAGGGCAUAGUUUCCGAUACACAAAUGAAAUCUCGCCAUCUGCAUCUCUUUCUACCAGCUAUAAUGGGGUUUGUGGCUGCCACUGUAUCCAUAGUCUAUUACCAUAAUAUUGAAACAUCUAACUUUCCAAAGUUACUGUUGGCUCUCUUUCUUUACUGGAUAAUGGCCUUUGUCACCAAAACGAUCAAGCUUGUCAGAUACUGCCAGGACGGUGUGCCUUUUUCUCAGCUGCGUUUCUGCAUCACUGGAAUUAUGGUCAUUCUCUAUGGGCUGCUGAUGGCUGUGGAGAUCAAUGUCAUUCGAGUUAGGAGGUAUGUAUUUUUCAUGAACCCUCAGAAAGUAAAGCCACCAGAGGAUCUACAGGACCUGGGGGUGAGGUUUCUGCAGCCAUUUGUCAAUUUGCUCUCAAAAGCGACUUACUGGUGGAUGAAUACUCUUAUUAUAUCUGCUCACAAGAAACCUGUGGACCUGAAGGCAAUCGGAAAGCUUCCAAUUGCAAUGAGAGCACUGACAAAUUAUGUUUGUCUCAAAGAAGCAUAUGAGGAACAAAAGAAAAAAGUAGCAGACCAGCCCAAUCGGAGUCCCUCCAUAUGGUUAGCCAUGUACAGUGCUUUUGGACGACCAAUUCUUCUCAGCAGCACGUUCCGUUACUUGGCUGACUUGCUGGGUUUUGCUGGGCCAUUAUGUAUUUCUGGGAUUGUCCAGGGCUUCCAGAAUACAACCAAUAACACAAAUGCAACAGAAAAGGUGAAGGAUCCAUCAAAUUCAUAUCUUUCAUCAGAGGAAUUCCUCAGGAAUGUUUAUGUUUUGGCAGUUCUUCUCUUCCUGGCCCUUAUCUUGCAGAGGACAUUCCUGCAGGCAUCCUACUAUGUGACUACAGAAACUGGCAUCAACCUACGAGGUGCUUUACUGGCAAUGAUAUAUAAUAAGAUCCUGAGGCUUUCCACAUCCAACUUGUCCAUGGGAGAGAUGACGCUGGGACAAAUCAAUAACUUGGUUGCCAUAGAAACAAAUCAAUUAAUGUGGUUCUUGUUCCUGUGCCCCAAUCUGUGGGCAAUGCCUGUUCAGAUAAUAAUGGGUGUGAUCCUACUCUACAAUUUACUCGGAGUGAGUGCCUUGGUCGGUGCUGCUGUCAUUGUACUGCUAGCUCCAAUACAGUACUUCAUAGCUACGAAGUUGGCUGAGGCUCAGAAGAGCACUCUCGACUAUUCUACUGAGAGAUUAAAGAAAACCAAUGAGAUACUAAAAGGCAUUAAGUUAUUAAAGCUGUAUGCCUGGGAGCACAUAUUUUGUACUAGUGUGGAAGAAACGAGAAUGAAGGAACUCACCAGUCUAAAAACCUUUGCGCUUCAUACAUCUCUUUCCAUUUUUAUGAAUGCAGCCAUACCAAUAGCAGCUGUUCUUGCAACCUUUGUGACUUAUGCAUAUACCAAUGACAAGCCGCUGCAGCCUGCCCAGGCCUUUGCAUCACUGUCAUUGUUUCACAUCCUGGUCACACCACUAUUCCUGCUCUCCACUGUGGUUCGUUUUGCAGUCAAGGCUAUCAUAAGUGUACAGAAGCUGAAUGAGUUUCUUCUGAGUGAUGAGAUUGGUGAUGACAGCUGGCGAGGUGGGGACAGCUCUGUAGCUUAUGAAUCCUGUAAGAAGCACACAGGACUCCACACAAAGGCCAUCAACAGGAGGCAGCCAUUGAGGUAUCAGCUUGAAAGCUAUGACCAGCCAACAAGGAAGCAAACACAUCCUGUGGAGAUAGAUGAUAUCGCAAUCAAGGUGACCAAUGGAUACUUUUCAUGGGGAAGUGGUUUAGCUACAUUGUCCAACAUAAACAUCAGAAUCCCAACAGGUCAGAUGACAAUGAUUGUGGGUCAAGUUGGCUGUGGCAAGUCAUCGCUUCUCCUUGCUAUAUUGGGAGAGAUGCAGACGCUGGAGGGAAAAGUUCACUGGAGCAAUGUAAAUGAAACUGAACCUUCUUUUGAAGCAUCCAGAAGUAGAAACAGAUACUCAGUGGCUUACGCAGCGCAGAAGCCAUGGCUGCUGAAUGCAACUGUGGAGGAGAACAUUAUCUUUGGGAGUCCAUUUAAUAAACAGAGGUACAAAGCUGUUACAGAUGCAUGCUCUCUGCAACCUGACAUUGACUUACUACCAUUUGGUGAUCAGACAGAAAUUGGAGAAAGGGGGAUUAAUUUAAGUGGCGGCCAACGACAGAGAAUCUGUGUAGCUCGAGCACUCUAUCAGAACACCAACAUUGUCUUCUUGGAUGACCCAUUCUCUGCGCUGGACAUUCACUUAAGUGAUCAUUUGAUGCAGGAAGGGAUUUUGAAGUUCCUGCAAGAAGACAAGAGGACUCUUGUUCUGGUGACACAUAAGUUACAAUAUCUACCGCAUGCAGACUGGAUCAUAGCAAUGAAGGAUGGAAUGGUGCUUAGAGAAGGGACACUAAAGGAUAUCCAAAACAAGGAUAUUGAGCUAUAUGAACACUGGAAAACUCUGAUGAAUCGCCAAGAUCAAGAAUUGGAGAAGGAUAUGGAAGCUGACCAGACUACUCUUGAGAGAAAAACUCUUAGAAGGGCCAUGUACCCCAGAGAAUCCAAAUCACAACUGGAAGAUGAAGAUGAAGAGGAAGAAGAAGAAGAAGAUGAAGAUGAUAAUAUGUCAACUGUCUUGAGGCUCAGAACAAAGAUGCCGUGGAAAACCUGCUGGAGAUACUUAACCUCUGGAGGAUUUUUCUUGCUCUUUCUGAUGAUUUUCUCAAAAUUGUUGAAACACUCAGUUAUUGUGGCCAUAGACUAUUGGCUUGCUACAUGGACGUCCAUGGACAAUGCAAAUGAAGUCAGGAACACUUACCAUGUAGCUGUCUUCAGCAUCCUCUCUGGAGCAGGGAUUGUCCUUUGCCUCAUCACAUCUCUGACUGUGGAGUGGAUGGGUCUCACAGCAGCCAAGAACCUACACCACAAUCUCCUCAACAAGAUCAUCCUUGGACCAAUCAGGUUUUUCGAUACGACUCCAUUGGGGCUAAUUCUAAAUCGCUUCUCUGCUGAUACAAAUAUCAUUGAUCAGCACAUUCCUCCUACCUUGGAGUCUCUUACACGGUCCACCUUACUCUGCCUGUCAGCCAUCGGAAUGAUCUCCUAUGCCACUCCAUGGUUCCUUGUUGCCCUUGUGCCUCUUGGGAUAGCAUUUUAUUUCAUCCAGAAAUACUUCAGAGUUGCUUCCAAGGACCUCCAGGAACUUGAUGACAGCACUCAGCUACCUUUACUCUGUCACUUCUCUGAGACAGCUGAAGGCCUUACCACCAUCAGAGCAUUCAGGCACGAAGCCAGAUUUAAACAACGUAUGCUGGAGCUAACAGACACGAACAACAUUGCCUACUUAUUUCUAUCGGCUGCCAACAGAUGGCUGGAGGUCAGGACGGAUUACCUCGGUGCUUGCAUAGUUCUGACUGCGGCUGUCACUUCCAUCACCGAAGGGCCUAACUCGGGGUUUGUGGGGCUAGGUCUCCUGUAUGCUCUGACGAUAACCAACUAUUUGAACUGGGUGGUGAGGAAUCUGGCUGAUCUGGAGGUGCAGAUGGGUGCAGUAAAAAAAGUGCACAGCUUCCUGAACAUGGAGUCGGAGAACUAUGAUGGCUACUUGGAUCCCUCUCAAGUCCCAAAAGACUGGCCCCAAGAAGGGGAAAUCAAGAUCGAAAAUUUGUGCGUUCGGUAUGAGAACAACCUGAAACCUGUUCUUAAGCAUGUUAAGGCAUAUAUCAAGCCAGGACAAAAGGUUGGGAUCUGUGGACGUACUGGCAGCGGCAAGUCAUCCCUGUCUUUGGCAUUCUUCAGAAUGGUGGACAUAUUUGAUGGGAGGAUAGUGAUUGACGGAAUAGACAUCAGCAAAUUGCCUCUUCAUACUCUCCGUUCCCGACUCUCCAUUAUUCUCCAGGAUCCAAUAUUGUUCAGUGGCUCCAUCCGCUUUAAUUUGGAUCCAGAAUGCAAGUGCACCGAUGAUAGACUCUGGGAAGCUUUGGAGAUUGCUCAGUUGAAGAACAUGGUCAAGUCGUUGCCAGGAGGCCUUGAUGCAAUGGUCACAGAAGGAGGAGAGAACUUCAGUGUAGGGCAAAGGCAGCUCUUCUGUCUGGCCCGAGCCUUUGUCCGCAAGAGUAGCAUUCUCAUCAUGGAUGAAGCCACAGCUUCUAUUGACAUGGCCACAGAAAACAUUUUGCAGAAGGUUGUGAUGACUGCCUUUGCAGACCGCACAGUUGUUACAAUAGCGCAUCGGGUUCACACCAUCCUAACGGCGGACCUGGUCAUCGUCAUGAAGCGAGGGAACAUUUUAGAAUAUGAUACGCCUGAGAACCUACUUUCGCAAGAAGACGGUAUCUUUGCUUCAUUUGUCCGGGCUGACAUGUGAAGAAUCACAUGAUGCAUUUGAAUAGCUCAUUUUUAAACAAAUGAAAUGCAAAUAUUUUCUAUGCAAUGUAAUAUCACUUUUAUCUUUUUUUUAGAGCAUCUUUCUUCACACUUCUGUCUUCCAAAAUAAUAAAACCUAUUGCAAUACAUGUAUGCCUCA